AUGCCAAUCCUAGAGAAAGCCACAGCCGAAAAGGAGAAUAGCACACACAGCCAAGAUGAGAUGAAACUGCUCAAACUUCCAGUUCCACCACUCCAACAAACGUUAGAUAAGUACCUUCAGUGCAUGAAACAUUUGGUGUCUGAAGAACAAUAUAAGAAGACAAAGACUAUUGUGGAGAAGUUUGGAGCACCAGGAGGCCAGGGAGAGCUCCUACAGAAAAAGCUCCUUGAAAGACAUGAAAAAAUGGAGAAUUGGGUUUUGCAUUACUGGCUAGAUGACAUGUAUCUUAACAAUCGAUCAGCCCUUCCAAUCAAUUCUAGCCCAGCAAUUAUCUUUGCUCACCGACAGUUCCAAGAAGCAGAUGACCAACUGAGGUUUGCUGCCAAUCUCAUUUCUGGAGUUCUCGAUUAUAAAGCUCUCCUGGACACCCAUGCAAUCCCUGUUGAUUUUGCUCGUGGACAACUGUCUGGUCAUCCUCUUUGUAUGAAGCAAUACUAUGGACUCUUCUCUUCCUAUCGCCUCCCAGGACAUACCAAAGACACCCUUGUGUCCCAGAAAAGCAAUAUCAUGCCUGAACCAGACCAUAUCAUUGUUGCUUGUAACAAUCAGUUUUUUGUUCUGGACGUGGUUAUUAAUUUCCGGCGUCUCAGCGAGGGAGACCUGUUCACCCAGCUACGGAAGAUCGUGAAGAUGUCGGAGAAUGAAGAAGAGAGACUGCCGCCAAUUGGUCUCCUGACCUCGGAUGGGAGGCUGGAGUGGGCCGAGGCCCGAGCGAUCCUCAUGGAAGAUUCUACAAACCGAGACUCCCUCGAUAUGAUUGAACGAAGUCUGUGCUUGGUGUGUCUUGAUAGUGCGGGUGGGGAAGAACUCAAUGAUACCAACAGGGCCUUGCAACUUCUCCAUGGCGGAGGCUACAAUAGAAAUGGUGCCAACCGUUGGUAUGACAAGUCUAUACAG